CGCCUGUAACGACCCAGUUGCCGCAGCGACACCACCGCCAUCAAUGGCAACACUGCACCAGCUCAAAGCCCAAAACGACAGUCGCUUGAGCGUGGAGAAAGGGCUGAUCGAUCGAAAACGGAACGUUCUCGUGCUGGCGUUGCAUUAUUGCGUCGAGAACGGGUACUUGCAAACCGCGGAAAAGCUGCAACAAGAAGCAGGCGUCGCGCUCUCCAAGUUUGAAGUCGUCGACAACAUCGACCUACUUCGCAUAGUACAAGUACUGGGCAACAUAUAUAGCCAAUUCAAUGUCCAUGCCAACUGCCUCACUGGUCGUAGGAGUUUGAAGACUUUUACGAGCUCAAGUUUGGCAAGAAGCCCAAGCUCGUGCGUCGGACGAAUGGCGACGAAGAAAAGGCCAAAGUCUCGCAAUUCAACGACAAGAAAGCUGCUAUGGAGAAACGAACCAAGCGCAACAGCUACACAUCUGCGCACAUGCCUUCGGAAGCCCGAGUGGAAAACAACGCCGCACUCAAGGCGGUGCAAACUUGCCUCGGAAGCAACAAUGUCACUACAUCAUCAACGAAACCAGUGGACGACCUGUCGUUGCUGGAGCCCACCGUGACGUCGGGCGUCGUGGGUGCCAAGUCUGGCAACCAGCGCACGACAAAACCAGCCAAAGGGAAAGCGGAAGUCAAGCCGGAAGAAGACGACGACAGUGUCGAAGACAGACUGCUCAAACCGCUGCCGUUUAUGCAUGAUUCCGAGUUACGACCGCUCGCAGAAAACAUCACAAGGGAAAUCUUCCAAAAGAAUCCCAAUGUCCACUGGGACGACGUAGUGGGGUUGACCGAUGCCAAGCGGUUGCUCAAAGAAGCCGUGGUCAUGCCGUCCAAGUACCCUCAGUUGUUUAAGGGGCUGCUGUCCCCAUGGUGUGGUAUCCUGCUGUACGGCCCACCUGGGAAUGGCAAGACGAUGCUCGCCAAGGCAGUCGCGACCGAGUGCAAAACCACCUUUUUCAACAUCUCUGGGUCGUCCAUUGUUAGCAAAUACCGCGGGGACUCUGAGAAACUCGUGCGCAUGUUGUUCGAGUUGGCUCGGUACCACGCGCCGUCGACGAUCUUUCUGGACGAAAUCGAUUCGAUCAUGGGCCAACGCGGCGGCGGUGACAGCAGCAGCGGCGGGGAACACGAAGCCAGUCGUCGCAUGAAAACAGAACUGCUCAUUCAGAUGGACGGGUUGUCCAAGACACAAGAAGUGGUGUUUGUAUUGGCGGCGAGCAAUUUACCGUGGGAAUUGGACACCGCCAUGCUUCGACGACUGGAAAAGCGAGUGUUAGUCGGGUUGCCGUCCCCCGAGGCUCGCCACCAUAUGUUUGCCGAGCUCUUGGCGCCGUACAUUGAUGCGAAUUUCGAUUUUGCCGGCAGUGUCCUCAAGACCGAGGGGUAUUCUGGCGCCGACAUCAAGCUCGUGGCAAAGGAAGCAUGCAUGGCUCCCGUUCGACGACUCAUGGCAAAGCUGGAAGCUCCAGAUGCAGCGACCAAUCAACUCCCAUGUGAAUCUGGCAAUUGGCACGAGUUACUGGACAAAAUCACUUCCGACGACAUCACACAAGCAUUAGACAAGACCAAGCCAUCGGCGCACCAGUUUCUUCGAAAGUACGAAACGUGGCACAAUCGAUUUGGGUCGUCGUAGGUAGAAGUACUAACGCUAACUAGACCCUGGUUACUGACUA